AGGAGAGAAGCCAUACAGCUGCAGCGUCUGCAACAAAUCCUUCUCAGACGCCAGCGCGAGGCGACGACACGUCGCCUCUCACUCAGGGAAGAAGCCCUUCACCUGCUCCUUCUGCAGCCUCUCCUUCACUCGCCUGGACAAUCUGAAAACACACACCAAAUCCCACAACAAGGAGCGAGCUGCGGCGACAGACGCCUCCUCAGAUGAAGCGGGAGCGAACGCCGCGGCGCCGCAGGAGGAGGUGCGUAACAUCCUGCAGCUGCAGCAGUACCAGCUGCCCGCCAGCUCUGAACACGAGAUCCAGCUGGUGGUGACGGGAGACGUGGAGGACAUUAACUUUGUGCCGGGUCAGGACCAGGACAUCAGCAUCAUCACCACAGAGGGGGAGACAGAAUCAGCGCACUCCAGGCUCACCCUCCUCACACAGUCGUCAGGAAACGUUCAGAACGUGGCUCUGGUCACUCAGGGCGGCGUGGGGGAGCAGAGCCCUCAGAUUCAGACCAUCAGCAUGCUGGAGGCCCCGAUGAGCCACCAGCCGGAGCAGAUGCACGUCAUCACUCUGAGUAAAGAGGCGAUGGAGCACCUGCAGGCCCACCACGGCCCCCCGCAGCCGCUUCAGAUCGCACAGCGACCCGUCCAGCAGCUGCAGGUGAUGCACCAGCCGAUCCAGCAGCUGGCCGUCACUCAGGACGCCUCGCAGGCAAGCAGGGAGCCGCACAGCCACGCCAUCCACAUCAGCAGCCAGAGCAGCCAGCCCAUCUCCAUCAGCCAGACCAGCGAGCAGAUCUCCAGCCACCACAUCCAGGGACAGACGUUUCAGAUCCAGGCAGGGACCGUGUCUUACCUGUACACCACGGGGCUGCCGCAGGAGAGCUGAGGGCGGACCCGACGACUGACGCUGACAAACCCACACUGUUAAUGCUGCUACGCUACCUUCAUCCCGAGGUAAUGUGUGAACAGUUUUUGAAUGUUUUAUUUUUCUGUCAACCGUUUUUCCAAAGCAUAUCCGUUUUUUUUUUCAAUAAAUGCCUCUCUCCGAACGAUCACUGGUUUGACUUCAUGUCAGCACAAAGUAAAAGGGGAUUUUUUUUUUGAUUGAUUAAAGUUUCCAUUUUGGGGGUGUUGGUGGCUCAGUGGAUAAAGCAGGUGCCCCAUAUGUGAAGGCAGUGUCUUUACUGCAGCGGCUGCGGGUUUGAUUCCAGCUCCCGGCCUUUUGCUUCAUGUCAUCCCCUCUCUGUCCCUCUUUCACUCUAUCAAGCUUCUGUACUAUCUC